UCAAUUUUCGAGUGCAAUCGAGAAUAGAUAUUUUCUGUUUUCCAUUCCGAACAAUUCGCGUUGUUUUCACUAUUUUACUUGAUUAACAUUUUCUUUUAUUCCGGUGAUGAAGUGAAUUGUAAAGUUGAUACGCAUCAGUUUAGAUUGUACGUGUUACCGUUAACGUCAUGGCGGCGUUUAGCGGUGGUGUCGAAUGGUGUAAUAUUGUGAAGCCUAUAUUAUCAGCUUCAUAUGGAUCUUUUAAUAAAAAUGACGUCGCUAAUUUAGUCAAUUCAAUCAUUUCAAGCGAACAAGAACUUUUACGCCAUAAUGAGAAAUACGAAGCAUUUUAUUCAACUUUUUGCACGUUGGCUGCUGAUUACAUCAGUUCUGGUAUCGCCUCUGCCUCACGUGAGGAAGUUGAACUAUACCACAAAGCUUGUCACAUUCUUCUUACGUAUUUGAUAACCCGUCUGAAAAUACAGAAUCUUGAUUCAAACGUCGACAGUAAUGAAACUGUUUCACCAACGUUGACUUUUAAACAACUUUUAUUACCGAUAAAGGCUUUGUGCACGGCCACUAGUCAGCUACAACGUACUGAGCAAUUUUCAUUAGCUGCAUUGAUGAAAAAUGCCAAACUACCUCAUCACAUCAAAACUUCAAUGCCAAAUAUGGAGAACUUGAAAGAUAACGGUAACAUAUCAACUGGCGAAGGAAAACCUGUACGGUACGAUUUGUCGAAUACCAUUCUGAAGCAACUCUCGAAACCGUUACACAGCUUACCUUCAGAAGCUAAAUCACCGAUCAGUGAAAUGAAUCCUGACGAUAGUUGUAUUACUGUUGAUCUUUCAAAACAAAAUGAGUUUCAGGCCUAUUUUAUUCAAGAAAAUAUUGCUAGUCUACAGUCGUUGCAAGCGGGUGAUAUAUUGAUCGAUAUUUGUCUUAAUCUUCCGUUUAUUGGACGAUACAUUCACGAACAGAAAGAAUUCAUGAAAACUGGCGUUUUCACAUUGCCUAGUAAUUUUAAUGAAGCCUCCUUAAUACGUCAUAGUUUGCAAUCCUUAGUUAACGAUAUUUCGGUCAUCUGGGGUACCUUGACUUUGCCGAUUUUGGAACCUCUAACGGAUGCGAAAUUGAAAAAACUUUCAUGUCUUACGUUAUCAUGCUUAUAUGCGGCUGUGUCGGUAUCAACGGCUAUCAAUAUACUAGGCUUAGCAUCGUCGGUUUCUCCGAAAACGUCCACAACGACAGCCAAUAUCAGCGGUCCUUCUUCAGGCGGUUCUACGUUGAAUGUUAAAACUGACGAAGAAAAUAGCGAAGCUUUGGCCGCAACUGUUGUUGAAAAAGCUAUUGUAAUUUUCAACCAUGUUUCUAGUGUCAUUCAAAAUUCAACUCGAGCUGGUGGUCACGUUUUGCAAAAUCACAUUUUACUCGGGUCGUGGCUUUUGAUAAGUGGUAUCAGCGGACAAGUAUCAUGUCUAGAAAAAUCUACGAAAGACGAUAAAAAUAAAUCUCCUUGUAAACAAAAGGAGCGAGAUUCUAGUCGUGGUGGUCUCAUGAAAGUACAAGCUGGAUUCAGUGUUUUAUCAUUGGCAUUGACGUCUCAAGCUCUCAACUUGGUAACCUCAUUGUUCGAAGACGCUGGUGUUGAAAUUCACGAUUCUUCUUCGGUCGCUCCUGCCAAAUUGGAUAUUUUAGUCAACUGCACAGCGUUGCAACGAGUUGCUAAAAUUUUUGAAGUAGCUGACGGAUUGAUUCACUUUUUCUUCAUUCUUACCCCGAUCAUUUAUCGAAAAGGUUGUUCACUGAAACGUGCUCAUAAACACAAUUCAAACGGAGAUACAUACAGCGCUGCUUCAGGCUCGACUACAUAUUAUGAAGAUUCAGACGAUAACAUAGUCAGCUGUCCAGAUGACAGCACCACAGAAGAUGACGACGACAGCGAACCUAUUCUUGGCCAUUGGUUCGAAGAAACCUUAUCGUCAGUUACUAAUCUGGAAAACGUCAAAAAUGGAAAUGCCGAUGGUCAGUCAUCGGAAGUGCAGGCUAACGAUAAAGAUAAUCAGAAUAUGGAUACUGCAACCUCCAUUAUUCCGGAAAAAGGAGAACCAUCAGGAUACAUGUCGGUGGCCAGAAAUAUUUUCCAGUUCAUGAAUAAUCAUUUCGUUAUGUGCAAUUCCAACUACAUAUUCAAUUAUGUGAACACCGCGUUGUCUGAAAUUGAUGUCAUUGUUUUGGCUGGGCUGAUUAGAGAUCUUGAUCACGAAACUGGGUUACUAAGCAGUUAUUAUAGCUUGAGCUUGAACUUUUUGUUCAUGAAUUUCUCUUCGUCGUUGACUUUAUUCACUCACAAUUUAUUGGCACGAAAUAUCUUAACCGAAGACCUGCAGAAUACUUUACUGACGUAUUUGGAAGUUAAUCCUUACGACACGAAUGCCACUACUUGGCCAUUAUUGGUGUACCCUAGAACGUUAUCAGUCUUGGCCCAAGUAAUUAUCAUGCGACCAAAUAAAGAAACUGCUUGCGCAAGUAUAUGGAAUAGAGUAAUUCAUACAUUAGUGGAACAUAUCACUAAAGCUCAGCCAACUGAUGCAUCAUACGAAGAUAUGAACUUGGAACAUGCCCAGUUACUGCUGUUUUUGUUCAAUUUUCUGACAUUUAUGCAGAAAAAAGCUGCUCUUUUGAUUACCGCUAAAGGCAUCGUUCGUGUUGGCCACUUGCCACAGCCGUUAUGUGAAGAAUCUCAAUUCUUCCACGUUUCUCGGCUAUUGUUGUUCUUUGACCAUAUAAUGAAACAUUUAUACGAUCCACCUUCGUUCCUUUUGGAGCAAGUGCAGUGGAACUUACUGGGAGGUGGUUUACACGGAGCGCAUACGCUUAAAAUGAUGAAAAUCGACGACAGCAAAUGUCCAUGGAAAACAUUAGAAGAUAAUUAUCGUAAAUACGUGCCGAUUGAAAGUUCCAUGAAACCGUUGUUCUAUAAUUUAUCUUCUCCUGAAUUCAAUUGUCAAGAGAUCCCUAAAUUAGAUGGUUUGGCUGUCAACUUUUUGCUGGGUAAUCCUGACGAGUUGAGUUAUUACCAGCUUAUCGAAGCUCUAUUUACGGUGGUCAAGUCAAUCUACAUUACCAGUAAGGUUGAUGUCAAAGAAGAUAAAAAUUCGUACAGUGCAUUAUGCGCUUUGCAGUACUGCGUUUCUCUCGCUUGGCGGUUAUUAUUGCAAUUACCGACUUGUGUAACUCAUUUGGAAAGAAUUGCCUCUGUAAGGAAUGAAAAUGUGGAAACUUCGCCAUUCAUGUUGUAUUCGUCGAUAUGGGGUCCUAGAUGUGGCAAUAAGACUUUCACCGGAUGGCUUAAGGAUGCUCUUGGUAAACAAACAGUUAAUCAACCGCGAGAAAUAUUACUUAGAACUAUAGCCGAUCUUACUACGAGGGUUAAAUACGAUUUUACGUUAUUGAAAAAUGUCAUCGGGGAAAUAAUUCCUCAGACUGAAUUCACCGGUGUAAUGGUCCCGAAACAAGAUUUACCCAGUUUUUUCAUCCUUCUGCUGUGCGACACGCUGUUAUGUAAAGUACAGAUGGCGAUAGACGAUUCGAUCAGCAAAUCGAGCGAAAAUGACUUGAACAAGUCACUGGAUAGCAUAAUGACUGACAGCGAUAAUAACGAAGUAUCACGUAUCGCUGUACCGACAAAAUCUCUCCAAACUCAUCUAAUUAGGGAAAUGAUGCCUCAGAUGGUUCGCUUGGCUGAAGUGAUUUUCACCUACAUUAGGUCAAGUUUAUUGCAUCAAAUGAAAGAGACCAAAAUGGAAACCCAAGAUGGAGGUAGUGGAUACACAUUGGGCGAUCUAUCUACGUUUCAGAGUGUUAUAGCGAUCGCCGGGUGUAACAUGGAAUCCAAUAAAUCCAAAAGCGAAACGUUAUAUUUGGCUUUACCUCGAAUGGUUCACAUUAUAUUUGAAAAAUGGGAGACUAUAUCGAUUCCUCAUUUCAAUACGGAACCUUACGCCAAUCAAUCAAUGCCGUCGGUGAGCUACGCUUCGACGAUUAUGAGUUUUCACAUGUACGCACUUUCCAACCAGGUCAAAUUCACAAUAAAUCCAUCGUUAAAACAUUUGCUGUAUACUGUAAUCAAAUUCAUCAAAGAUCACUUAGCAACUGUUACGGAUAACGAUGAAAUUUGUCAAAAAAUAAGUAACGCUGUUAUGCCGAUGGUAAUGGAUAUGUCUACGAUGUAUUUGUAUUCAAAUACUCACGGUAUUCUUGAACAAAUUGUCGGCGGCGAAGAUACCGAAGUGUAUCAAGUCAAAUCUAACGUCAUCAUAUUUGGACAUCUGUACACGUUGUUGAUAAAUUACGCAUCUUCUUCGUGUCCAUGCAGCGAUGCUAUUCAAGAACCACUAUUGUUAGAAAGUAGCCAAUGGUUUGGUAAAUUGAUCGGCGAAACUUACGGUAGAACGGCUAUAGAUAAAUUUUUGAGUAAACACGGUCAGAACGCCCAGUACGGAUUACAUUGUGUUUUAUUAACCAUAAUUAGUCCGAAAACAACGUCGUCUAGAACGUAUUCCAAACACAUACUCGAAGCAUUCAACAAAUUAUUCUCAAUUCUCGAUAAAAAUACAGAUGAUAUGGUCAAACGAUUGUUGUCUUCGUUAUUACGAAUCGCGAAAAUACCGAAGGAACAGAUGGAUACGUUAUUCUGGCGUAUCAUCAUCGGCACCUACUCCUCUGAUAACGAGCAAGAAUCUGAGAAGGUUGAAAAACCCUCCGAAGAAAGACCUCUGUUGGCUGAACCUAAAGAAAAGAGCGAUUCGGGAACAAAAUCGACCUUCAUCAAAGAUGAUACCAAAUGCAAACCGAUUCAACCUGAGAAUUUGAAAUUCUUGGAGAAUUUGACCAAUUACAUUACCAAAGGAAAUAAUGUCGACGAUAAAGAAAAUUUAGUGUGCACCUUACUCGAUUCCAUUAUACCAGUAGCGGACUAUUUACUGCAAAAUAUGAAAGCGUUCGGAUUUUCGGAAUUGAUGUCUAUUAUGAUUUUAUUGGCAGACGCGGCAGCUGCCAAGGGUCACGCUAAACUAUUCUCAUCCGCUACGAAUUGGAUUCAACAAAUAAACGAGUAUAUCGUGAAAGAGGAAGCUUUUGUGAAACUACAACGUGGAGAAACCGAAGGAGAUCAUGUUUCUUUGAUAAAUGCCACCUGCAUUUUGUUCAAUUACAUAAGCGAUAUUGUGAAUGCUCUUAGUCCAGCGGCUGUUGGCAGAGCUACGUCUCCACCUUGGGAUACGGAGCUGUUACCGUCAACGUUGGACUUGAAUACUGAUUGGCCUGAAGAAUUGUGCGGCCGCGAAGAUGAAGACGGAGAUAGUACCGGAGAUGAUUCGGACGAAGAUAGUUUAUCGAACAAAUUAUGUACAUUCACGAUUACUCAAAAAGAAUUCAUGAAUCAGCAUUGGUAUCAUUGUCAUACCUGUAAGAUGGUUGAUAAAGUGGGCGUAUGUUCAAUCUGUGCUCGAGUUUGUCAUAAAGGCCACGACGUCACGUACGCUAAAUACGGAAACUUCUUCUGCGACUGCGGAGCGAAGAGUAACGGCUCGUGCAUGGCGUUGACGAAAAGAAACGUACAAAGUAAUCACGAUCAAAAUACUAACGCUACGACAUCCUCGUCCAAUGCAAACAGUGGCUCAAACGUAUCAUCAGAUCAAAUGUUGCCAAGCUCAUUGCGUCGAAAAAAUUCCUCGCCUUCGGGAUUCGACGUCCUGAUGAAUACUGUAUCCCUUGUCCGUACCAUUCCUCGAGAUAGACAGAAGUUAGCAACCUUGGCCAAGCAAUUAGAUCCUCAUAGACAAAGUCUGAUGUCGAAUUUGUGGAGUAAAUCGACGGUUAUCGAUGCUCUGUUGGACAUUGCCAAUAUGCUGGUACCAGUUGUGGAAACGAUCAGUUCACGUAUGUCACCUGUUGGAUGUCAUAAACGAGCCAAAGCUGCCCUCGAGCAAUUGCAUAAAGCGGAUAAAAAGUUCGAAUAUGUUGAUAAAUUGAUGAUGCCCACAUUGGGAUCUCAAGAAGGAGCUUUUGAAAACGUUCGUAUGAAUUUCACCGGAGAUCAAGGACAAACUAUCAGACAACUGAUUUCGGCUCAUUUACUCAGACGUGUUGCCAUGUGUUGCCUAUCAUCAGCUCAAGGAAAACGUCAACAUUUAGUGGCCGUUUCGCACGAAAAAGGCAAAAUCACCGUUUUGCAGCUGAGUGCUUUACUCAAACAAGCCGACUCAGCCAAGAAAAAACUCACACUGACGAGAUUGUCGUCAGCUCCAAUACCCUUCACUGUUCUCUCCGUCACUGGUAAUCCUUGCAACGAAGAUUUCCUGGCCGUGUGCGGACUAAAAGACUGUCAUGUGUUGACAUUCAAUACUAAUGGAUCCGUAGCCGAUCAUUUAGUGCUGCAUCCGCAACUAGAAACCGGUAAUUUCAUCAUUCGAGCCAUCUGGCUGCCAGGAUCACAGACUUGGUUGGCAUUAGUGACAGCAGAUUUCGUUAAAAUUUACGAUCUUGGUAAAGACGUACUCAGUCCUCAGUAUUAUUUCUUGGUACCCACUGGUAAAAUUAGAGAUGUCACUUUCAUCUGUAAUGAAGAUUCCAGUCCCAUUAUAGUAAUUAUGUCAUCAGUCGGUUAUAUCUAUACUCAAGAAAUGGACGAAGGUAGCUCCGCUACUCAAGGGCCAUUUUACGUCACCAACACCUUACGAGUCGAACACCCAUCGAUUAAGGACGUUAAUGGACAAAUUUGCGCCGGCGGAGUAUCUGUUUAUUAUUCGCAUAUACUCAAAGUAUUAUUCCUCAGCUAUGCUCAGGGUAAAAGCUUCGUAGCAUUUUUACCUAAUGUGACCGAAGGUACUAGUCACGUAUACGAAAUAAAUCUCAGUUCGAAUUCGAAAAACAGUCUGAACUCGUCGUCUAAGACUAGUAGUUCUUCGACAUCACAACCGUUAUGUCAGUGGACUGAAGUACCUACACAUCCGGGAUUAAUUUGUUGCAUGAUGCAAAGCAAUAACAAUCCGGUCGUUUUGAUGAUCAAACCGGAUAAAAUUUUGGUACAAGAAAUCAAAAUAUUGCCAGCCAAAGCUAAAAUCAUGGAUAUGGUGGUGAUCAGACAUCAAACUUCAUGCACCGAUUACAGGACAACGUUGAUUUUAUUAUGCGAAGAUGGCAGCUUACGAAUGUAUAUGGCUUCUAUGGAACACAGUGGCUAUUGGUUGUCUCCGAUUGUCCACCCUGCCACUUCCAGUCCACUAUUGAAACAAUCGUCUAAAAAGAAGAAAGUCGCCAAAAUGGGAAGUAAAUCAUCAGGAAACACGGUUACUUUCCCAGUUGAUUUCUUCGAGCAUAGUACACCUAUAUCGGACAUAGAAUUUGGAGGGAACGAUUUGUUACAAAUUUACAACGCGCCUCAGAUCAAAAUCCGCUUGAAUACGCCGGGAAUGUACGUUGUAUCAACGAAACCGACCGGAUUCAGUAUUAAAAUCACGAAUAAUGAUAAUAACCAAGUGAUCACUGGUGUAAGAGUCUUGCUGGGUAAUCAAGAAGCUCAGCGAUCUCCUUCCUAUAUCGAAGUAUUCGGACGAUCAAUACCGACGACGGUAGCUAGAAAUCGAUGGUUCGAUGUGCCUUUAACCCGAGAAGAAUCGAUCAGAGCGGAUAAUAAAUUGACGGUAUCGUUCGGACCUUCUCAAGAUCCGGACGCGGUCACCAUGGUCGACUCCAUUAAAGUGUACGGAAAAAUGAAAGAUCAGUUCGGUUGGCCCGAGGAUACUGAUGAAAUCACCAACGCUGGCGUUGGAACCAGUUCCGGUGCCGGGCAAUCGGCGUUAUCGAACGCGGAAGAUUUAUCGAAUUCUGCCGUUUCUCAACCUGUUGCCGGACCAUUGGAUAACGGUUCUUUUUGCAGAAUCGUAUGUGGAGCGUUGGAAGUGCUCGAAAGUUGUUUCACUUUGAUGAACGUAGCGUCAUUGACGUCUGGCAAUAUGUCAAGAGUUAUACAAAGAUCGAAUGCUAUUAGUCUGGCUACGACUUUAUUAACUUUGCCUACACCGUUCUGCAUUAUUCUGCAUACCAAGUCUUUGCUAGCUUCGUUGUUCCCAACACGACAAACGUAUCAUAAUUAUAAGGAUACCGCGCUAUUAAGCCAUAUUUUGAAAAUGUUGCAAAAAUUCAAAGAAGUUCAAGACGCUCGCGAUCUCGAUCCGGAGGCGUUCUAUCAACUGAUUAUUAUCGCUCGCAGUAUAGCUGUUACCCGGCCUCAAAAUAUUGGAAAAUUCACUCUAGAUGCGAAUCUAUCGGAACCGUUAAAAUCGGUCUCGGAUAAAAGACUAACCGAGCAUGCGCUAGAAUUGGUACAAUUGAUGGUGGAUACCAUGUGGAGGUUGCAUAAAGCUCGUCCUAAAAAUCCAGCAUUAACGUUUAUCUGCGUAUCGGGAUUGUCGCACAUCGAAACCACCAUAUACGCUUUGGUUGAGAUAAUUCAUUCGUUGAUCGUCUGCGAUCAAAAUGAAUCAACUAUUAAUACCGUGGUCAAGUUAUAUUUGGAUUUGUUGCUGUGUCAAGAUACCGUGAUUAGUUUCUCUACCAAGUUAGCCAUCGGACACGGAUUGAGACCGAAAGUUAAAAGGAGAAAGGUCGUUAUUCCUACUCCGACUCGCUGUAAUUCACCUGGCCCUUCAACGUCUGCUGGAGUGGCAUCAUCUUCCGAACCGGAAAAAUCUCGUGUACCUGUACCUCAACCUUCACAAGAAUCUUCGGAGCCGGAAUCGUUCGAUGCUCCUGGACCAUCGUCUAAUAAUGGCUCGUUGAAUGUCGAAGCAAUCCUUGGUGCUGCCAGAGCGUUCCCGUCCAUUGAUAUUCUACAACAAGAUACAGACGAUGAAACGAUGGUUGAAUUAGCCAUCGCCCUGAGUUUACAGGAACACGGUGGCGAAGCUGACCUACAAACUAUUCAGCAAGAUAUUCAAGAUAUGGUAGCUAUGCGCGCGCUUCAAGAUAUGGAGGCUUCGGUAUCGUCCGAUUUACAAGAUUUGGAUUCAAUCGCGUCGCAAGUGCGGAGCUCGACUCAUAUUCAGCCUAAUGAAACAGGUCAUUACAGCGAUGCCACAGCUUCAGCUGCCGGAUCUGACGACGAAGGCUCUACAGCAGCCACCGACGGUAGCACAUUACGUACUUCUCCAGCUGAGCAGGGCAAUAGUGCUGAAUCGGAAAGUGGUGGCAGCGUUGUUGAUAGCAUUAUAGGCGAACACAAUGUAUCAGGAAGAAGUUCCGCUUAUGGGGAUAAUAUCCCAGAGGCUAUGGUCGGUGUUAGAGGUGAUUCGAACGUAAUAAAUUUCCAAACUAUCGGACAGGACGGAGACGUUGAUGCAGAAACGGAAAAUGAAUGCGUUGGAAAUCUUCAUUUGUUACAAAUCAUCAUAUUGGAAAAAUGUGUCGAGUAUAUUCCCCGAUUGAAGGAUCUCGGUGGAAUACAGAUUAUACCAUUUAUGCAGGUGGUUUUCAUGCUUACUGAAGAAUUAGAUGUUGAAGCGGAACGCGAUAGAAACGUCCUGGAUACUUUGUUGAAAACGGUUUUGAUCGAGUUGAAUAUUAAGAAAUCUCGCGGAGACGAGUGUACUUUGACUAAACCUUUGGAAAACAGACAUACUACCGAACAGAAGUACCAACUGGUGUUGUUGAGAUUUUUAAGUGUACUAAUGUCACAUAUGAAAGUGGUCGCAUCCGCUCAGAAGAAUAUUUCAGAAAAAUCAAAAACCAUCUCUACCAUGACGGCGAAUACGCUUUUACAAGCCGGUAUUAUCGAUUGGUGUUUGAAUUUGCACGAACAGUUGUUAGCGUUUUGGAAAAGCUCAAAAUCGGACGAUCAGAACAGUGUUGUUGGGGCUCUGUUGAAACCUCACCCUGCAUCGCCGAUACCAGACGCUUCACCGUUCUUUUUACGUCAGUAUAUUAAAGGCCACCAUACCGAUAUGUUCGAGCUAUAUCCGCAGUUAUUGACUGAGAUCGUUUUGAGAUUACCGUACCAGAUUCAGAAGCACUCUUCUAUCCAAGCUACUUUCGAGCAGGCGUGGUUGCCGAUGCUGUGCGAAUAUAUGAUGGCUCAGCAAACUCCAUUUGUCAGAAGGCAAGUGAGAAAAUUAUUGUUGUAUAUUUGUGGCAGCAAGGAAGCCUAUCGUCAGCUCCGAGAUGUGCAUGCUUUAGAGACUCAUAUGAAGGCUGUUCUUGAGAAAGCUGACGUUUCACGAUACCGUAAAAUGAACGAAAUGCCGUUGAAUAUCUCGUUACCGUACGACUCGCUGGUUGAAAUAGUGGAACAUUUGAAAGCCUGCGUCGAAAUCGCCAUGAACCGUAUUGCAAAUUGGCAGAAUUUCUUGAUGUACUCGGACGAAUACAUACCGAAUUUAUUCCUGCUGAGUUCGGUGUUGGACGAAGGAGUAUCUCAUAUAAUUCUGCAGCUUCUACAGUACGGUAUCUGUGGCAAUAAGUUGACUUCCAGCGGUAGCGCUGCUCAAAAGGCUGAAAGCUCGUCGUCAAAAACGCCUUCAUCGACGACUCCGGAAGACGCGAAAACCACCACUUCGACUGAAGAAAUCCAAUGCGUGGCGUUCGUGAAGAAAGUACACUUGCUAGUGGAUAAUAAUCUGAUAUCGAGAUUCAUAAGGACAUUUUUAUUAGAAACCAACUCGAGUAAUUUACGUUGGCAAGCGCAUUCUCUUUUAUUGACCAUCUUCACGAAUUCGGACGCAGCCCGUCAACGUGAAAUUUUAGACAUCAUGUGGAGUAUGUGGUUCCAGUUGCCGAGUUACGGUCGUAGAGCUAAUCAGUUCGUCGAUUUGAUCGGAUAUUUUACGAUUAAAUGCGCUUCUAAUUCGCCGCUGCCGACGGCCAGUAUUCCGUACAAUUACCUCGAGCAUACUUUAUCUUUGCUACAUUCGCAGAAUCAAGUUCUUAUUCAGCAUCCGAACGCGACUUUGUAUUCGCAACUUUCUCAGUACGUUGAAAUGGAGGGAUAUUAUUUAGAAAGUGAACCUUGUCUAGUUUGCAAUAAUCCGGAAGUUGCGUUCAGCAAUAUCAAAUUAUCAUCGGUCAAGGUGGAUUCGAAAUUCACAACCACCACGCAGAUUGUGAAAUUGAUCACUACCCAUAUGAUCAGUAAAAUAAAUCUACGUAUUGGAGAUCUCAAACGAACGAAAAUGGUCCGAACGAUGAAUAUUUACUAUAAUAAUCGUAGCGUUCAAGCUGUCGUCGAGUUGAAGAAUAAGCCAGCUUUAUGGCAUAAGGCGAAAAAAGUAAUUUUAUCGUCCGGCCAGACCGAAGUGAAAAUCGAAUUCCCAUUACCAAUCGUCGCGUGUAAUUUGAUGAUCGAAUAUGUGGACUUUUACGAAAAUUUGCAAGCCUCGACGGAAAGUUUACAGUGUCCAAGGUGCAGUGCUGCUGUACCAUCGAAUCCUGGAGUAUGCUCCAAUUGUGGCGAGAACGUAUUCCAGUGUCAUAAAUGCAGAGCGAUCAAUUACGACGAGAAAGAUCCGUUCUUGUGUCACGUUUGCGGAUUCUGCAAGUACGCCAAAUUCGAUUACACUCUGACAGCUCGACAAGUGUGCGCCAUCGAACCGAUAGAUAACGAUGAUGAUCGAAAGAAAAUCGCCAGCACGAUUAAUCAGUUAUUAGAGAAAGCCGACAGACAGUACAAGACGUUAGUUAACAUGAGACCGUUCCUCGAGAACUUCUUGAUGAUAGAACAUUGGUCCGAAGAAGGAAGCGCACCGAGUAGUAACGGUAAUGCUCAAGUGAACCGAGCUAUACAAAUGCUAGCGCAGAAGUAUUGUAACGAUUGCAAAAACGCCUUCGAAGAAUUGAGUCGAGUGAUUCAGAAAAUCCUGAUUUGUCGUAAAGAGCUGGUUACGUACGAUCGUAAUCAAUACGUUAGUAGCGAAUCUCCAGCUUCGUAUUACUCCGAUCAUGCCUUCCUGUCCUCUGAUCUAGUAUCUCUGGGAAAAUAUUGCGAAUGCGCUGCUCCGUUCAAGUGCUACGGUUGCGCGUCCUAUGUGGUUGAGCAUUGUUUGACCAUGUUGAGGGCUCUGUGUUCGAACGCGAAUGCCCGAAAAGAUCUUUGUAUUCAAGGAUUGCUAAGAGAACUAGUGGAGUACAAUUUACGGCGCGGAUCGCGUCAAAUGCAAGAGGAAGUGAAACAGCUUUUAUGCUUACUGACGAAAGAUAAUCCGAAAACGACGGCCGAAUUGUGUGAUUUAUUAUUAGAUCACAUUUCGAUACCAUUACGAAGUCAAGGAGCUAGUCCAGAUUUAGUGUACACCGUUCGACCGGAAAUCAACUUAUUAGCUACGAUGUUACAGAAAGACGACUCGUGUUGGGAACAAAAAGCCAAAUGUGUCGUCAAAGUAUUCAUGAUGGCGACCAAAGCGUGCAAAUCUCCACCGGUAAUGGAAGCGAUCAUUUUACCUUGUUUGAACAUAAUUUGCGGAUUAAUCAAACCCGAUCCGCCGUUAUCAAAGAAAAAUAAAGAUAAGAGUAUCGAAGACCUGGCCACCAUCAGUUUAACAGAAGAAGUGAAUAUUAACGUACAAAAAUGGAUCGAAGGAGAUCCGCAACAUACGUUCCAAUCUUGGAAGAAGAGAAUGCCAGCCAGAGAUUACGGUACUUUGAAAACCGAACUGAAAGUCGCCGUUCGCCGUAAAUAUAUCAUGGAAAAAUACUUCUAUCGAUGGAAAAACAAAGCAUUCCACGUCCGUAGCAACCGCGGUAAUAUAUUCUUAUCCGAUCCACAAUGGUUGAAAUGCGUGCUGUUCAAUAGCGGAUCUAGACACGCUAGACAGGUGGCUUGUAAUCUAAUCCAAAGCAUUAGUAAUUCUCCAGCUCAUCAGAAAAAGAUUGUCGAUGUAUUGACUGAAUUCCUAUCGGAAAUCAACGUAGCUGGUACCACCGCCGCUGAAUAUCUGAAUCUUUAUCAAAAUAUGCUGGAUAAUCCGCCGUGGAAACAAUACCUGACAUUGAAAGGAGUUCUCCUGUUUUUAGCCAGCUUGUUUAAUCAAGAAAUACAGAAUUUAUAUCAUCUCGAACAAACUACUCUUACGUCGGAUUUGGCUCAAGGUUUCGUGUUGAAAAAACUGACUGAACUCUUAGCAUCGUUUUUGGAUCUGGAUUGCAUCAAGCAACAAUACAAAGGUCGUUUGGUUGGAACUGUUUUACAUGGUUAUUUGGCAUUGAGACGUUUAGUCGUCCAACGUACGAGAAUCAUCGACGAAACUCAAGAAAAACUUUUGGAAUUGCUGGAAGAAAUCACUUCCGGAACUGAAUCUGAAACCAAAGCAUUUAUGGCUAUUUGCAUCGAAACCGUAGAGAAAUGUAGUCCGAACGAUGUACGAACUCCAGUAUUUAUUUUCGAACGAUUGUGCUCGAUAAUCUAUCCGGAAGAGAACGAAAUCGGUGAAUUUUACCUGAGUCUAGAAAAAGACCCCCAGCAAGAAGAUUUCUUACAGGGUCGUAUGCUUGGAAACCCGUACAGUAGCAAUGAACCCGGAUUAGGACCGCUGAUGAGAGAUGUUAAAAAUAAGAUCUGCUUAGAUUGUGAAUUAGUAGCGUUGCUGGAAGACGACAACGGAAUGGAAUUAUUAGUCAAUAAUAAAAUCAUCAGUUUGGAUUUACCCGUUAAACUGGUCUAUAAGAAAGUAUGGCUAGCCGAAGGAGGCGAAGGAGAAGCGAUGCGUGUCGUGUAUCGUAUGCGAGGAUUACUCGGAGACGCUACCGAAGAAUUUGUCGAAACCUUGGACGCGAAAACCGACCAAGAAGUUAAUAACGAACAAGUUUACAAAAUGGCUAACGUGAUGGCGGAAUGUGGUGGUUUAGAGGUGAUGUUGGAUCGUUUAGCAGCUAUUAGAGAUGUUACUCGGUCUCAAGCGUUGCUACAAGUAUUACUGAAAUUACUUGGCCUGUGUGUCAAAGUGAAACGUAAUCAAGAAGAGUUGAUUGAUCCCAAGCUACAUACGGUGUCUAAAUUACUGAAUAUUUUACAAAUGUGCCUUUCAUCUGAUAACGAAGUCGCCCAAAGUUUAUUGAUGGAUCAAAUUUUAGAGAUUUUAGAAAUAAUACUGUCGAAAGCGUCGUCCGAAUAUCAAAAUAACUUCGAAAUGUAUUCGGUCGUCUGCGGUAUCAGUGACAACGUGAAGAAAAUCCUUGAAUUCGCUGCCAACGUUAAACCAUCGACAUUAACGCAUUUGUCCAGAGUGUUAGCUGCUCUGACUUACGGUAACACUCAAAAAAUGAACAUGCUGACUGACCAUUUCCAAUCAGUUAUGGAUUUCGAGUCGUUCGAUCAAGAUCGUAAAUCUGAGGACGAGCAAAAGUUGGAACUGUUUUGUAAUAUUACAUCGGCUAUCGAGAAAAAUGCUCUGGGUAAUACGUUGAAAGACCAUAUCAUGUCGCUUGGAAUCGUCGAUAAAGCUUUGGAGUAUAUUACAACUCACGCACCCUCCAUGAAAUCGACGUUCUGGCGAACCGACAGCAACGAUUGGAAAGAAUACAUAUCGAAACCAGCGUUGAAAUACGUAUUGAGAUCCUUGACGGGUCUAGCUAACGAACACAAGCCGACACAGAUGGUGGUGUCGCCGGAAUGUAUUACAAUUAUUCAUCGUCUGGAACAAGUCGCAUCUGACGAACACGUCGGUACGUUGGCUGAGAAUUUACUUGAAGCGUUGCGUACGAAUCCGGAGGUUGCUACUCGUAUUGAAAACGUCCGCGAACAAACGAGAGCUGAAAAGAAACGUUUAGCUAUGGCUAUGCGAGAAAAACAACUCGGCGCUUUAGGAAUGCGAACCAAUGAUAAAGGACAAGUUACCGCUGAAAAAACCAUCUUACAACAAAUGGAAGAUCUGGCCGAAGAAACGGGCCUGAUAUGUGUCAUCUGUCGCGAAGGAUAUCGAUUCCAGCCAACCAAAGUACUGGGUAUUUACACAUUCACGAAACGAUGUCUGAUAGAAGAAUUUGAAUCGAAAUCCAGAAAGACGUACGGUUACAGUACUGUUACGCAUUUCAACGUCGUUCACGUUGAUUGUCAUAUGUCGGCUGUGAGACUUGCCAGAGUGCGCGAUGAAUGGGAGUCGGCUGCGUUGCAGAACGCUAAUACCAGAUGUAACGGUUUACUGCCCUUAUGGGGUCCUCAAGUUCCUGAGUCUGCUUUCGCUAGCUGCCUGGCUAGGCACAAUACGUAUUUACAAGAAUGUACCGGUCAUAGAGAUAUCAGUUACGUUACCACGAUUCACGAUUUAAAACUGCUGCUCUUACGUUUCGCUCGAGGUAAAAGCUUCCACGAGGAUACCGGUGGUGGAGGACCUCAAUCCAAUAUGCAAAUCGUGCCCUACCUGAUGCAUAUGGCGUUGUAUGUGAUUAACACGACUCGAUGCGCAGCUAGAGAAGAGAAAAGUUUAACGAGCUAUUUAGAAUGCUGGAUACCUGAAAGAUGGAUCGCAUCAUCGUACGAAGCGGAAGGCCCUUAUUAUUGGGCUGCGUUUUCGAUGAUGCUCCACUCUCCGGCGCAAUGGAAGAAAAAUCGUAUCGCUCAUCUACGAAGAUUACUUAUAUUAUCGCACGUUCGUCACGUUUACCCAUCCGGACCGCAUAAGUUAUCCGAUAUUCAACCCAAAGAUUACCAAGUUUAUAAGAGCAGUUUGAUAUUUUACGGUCUGGUAGACGCAGCUUAUAAAUAUUUCUUCAAGAGUAUCAGUUUUUCGGCGGAUGAUCAGUGGCCCUCUGCAUUAGCCGAUUACAUCCGCCACAAUGACGAAGCGUUGAUUAAAGCGUCCGAGAAAAUCAUGGCCACAUAUACCGAUGAAUUAUUACCGUGUACUUGUUUCGGUGAAUUUUGUGAUGUAGUUGGUCUGCUCGAAGAUAUCUCUUCGCCGGCUACUUUUAUUGCUGAUGUACUUCUUGGUCUGGGCAAUCCAGCCAUGUCUAAUUAAAUAAUCAUUAUAUUGUGUAUUCGUCUUGUCCUAUUUCACGAUUUGUGUAUAGUUUUUUAUUGUUUUUCCUGUUUCGGUUUUAGUAAUUAAUAAUUGUACCUACUUUUAUUCUGCUUUGAUUACCCAAUAUCUGAAGCGCUGUAUUUUUAAUUUUCGAAACAAAUACAUUUUUAUGUAGUUUUU